AAAAUGUACCGUACUAUUCUAGUACUAUAUUCGUGUAUGUACACAACUGUUUAAAUUAAAUGAAAAGUUAGGCGAAUUAUCUCAUUCUGGUUGUAGACGUUUAUAAUGAAGAAUCCUAUGUAUAAACAGAUACUGUAUGCGUUCGCGCUGUGGUGUCAUCAGUUCCAAAUUGGAUUCAUCUAUGGCCUGCAAGGACUGCUGAUCCUCAACUUCAGGAAGCCCGGCAGCCUCAUACACCUCACGGCUGCGCAGGAGUCAUGGAUACCGGCAAUCACGACUCUAGUCCUAUUUCCCACCCGAGUGGUCGCAGGAGUUCUCACCACACGAUACGGAAGGAAAUGGAUCCUCGUGUUACUGGUCAUGCCGAACCUCAUAACAGUGGUGACACUUUACUUCGCGUAUGACUUCACCAUGCUGAUCUCUGCGUAUUUGAUCUGUGGCUUCAGCGGCGCGGCCUCGGCGGUGCAAUCUAUCGCCAUAGCGGAAUGCUGUUCCCCCAGAAUCAGGGGAACCUUGCUCGACAUUAAAUACACUAUGGUGGUCUUCGGCUUCGGAGCAGCCAGACUAUCCGAGAAAUUCUUCGAUUGGAGACACUUGAUUUUAAUCUCCAUUCUGCCUUUGCUCGUUACGCUGACGAUAAUGAUCUUGAGCCACGACAGCCCCGCGUGGCUCGCCUCGCAAGGACGGUUCCAGGAAUGCACCAAGGCGUUCAACUGGUUCCGAGGAGAAGAAGAGAAGGAAGAAUUGGACAAGCUGAUCGAGUGGCAGGACCGGGUGAUUACGAAGAAAAGCGCCGACCGAUCGGGCAAACUGAGGCGGAUAGCGAAAGUGUUGAUGGAUAAAGGGUUCUUGAAAGCAACAAUGAUUACGUGUGCCUGUUUACUGUUCUACGAUAUGACCGGUAGAAUCCCCGUGAUUGCCUACUUGGAUAUCUUAAACUCUAUAACUAAAGACCCAGCGAAUGUGAAUUACUAUGCAUUUCUAAUCGACAUGUGCGAUCUGUUAGGAUUAAGUCUUUCCGCAAUUUUAGUCAAAAAAAUGAGACGAAGAACUCUAGUGUUCGGGUUAGGGAUACCUACAUUACUGAUGCUGUAUACAUUCUGCGGGAUUUCUUAUAUUUCGUAUUUGAACUUGCUCCCGGCGAGGUUAUCGUGGCUUCCUUUCACUGUAAUGGUGGUUUACUUCUUCAUGAUCAACGCAUGUGCCUUGGGAACCUUCUUCACCAUUCAAAGCGAGGUGUACCCUUUGGCUUUCAGAGGCGUUGGCAUAGCAGUAGCGGGCUUCGUUUUCACUUUGUCCACAUUUAUCAUAGUCAAAAUGACGCCAACGUUUUUAAAAUCUGUGGGUGUUCACGGCUUGUUCUCAAUAUUUGCUAUCAUAUUAAGUUUAAUUAUGUUAUUCUUGUACUUUUAUUUGCCAGAGACAUUUAAUAAAACGUUACAGAAUAUUGAAGUGGAGUUGAAAGAUGUUGGCGGUAAUGAUUUGACUUCCAAUGUAGAGGCUAAUGAAAAGAUGUUGAUUAAUAAAUAAGUUGAUU